AUGGCAACCACAUCGCGCGCUCCCGGCGGUGGUUCAAGGGCAGGCCAAACCCAACAACCCCAGCCGCAACUCUCCUCCUCCUUGCGCACCUCCGCAUCCACAUCCUCAACGCAGACACAGACACAGACGCAGACGCAACCGCGCACCCAGGCCGUGCUGCACCUCCGCGGCGCGCCUCAAGCCGAACCAGAAGCAGAAGGCGCGAGGCGGCGCAUCCAGUGGGCGGAAGACGUGGUUGACAAUGAGGGGCUGGGCAGGAAGAAGAGCAAGGUGUGCUGUAUCUACCAUGCGCCGAAGGGGGUGGAUGAGAGCAGUGAUGAGAGCUCGAGUGGCGACGAUAGUAGCAGUAGUAGUAGUGGUGAUGAUGACAGUGGGGAUGACGGGCGGGCGAGACCGGUUGGUGGUGGUGGUGGUAGUGGGGGCAAGAGAGGGAGCAAGGGAGGUAAGAGAGGGGGGUGUGGUCAUGGCCAUGAUCAUGGAGGAGAGGGGAAUGGGGAGGGGGGGAGUGGCAGUGGGAGUGGGGGCGUGAGGAAGAGGAGUCCGAAUGCGUAUGAGAGGAUGCCGAAGGUUAAGGGGAAGGGGAAAGCGAGUUAG